CACAGGCCUCGGUGCUCUGCGCGUAACAGCAACGCCGCUCCGCGGCCCCGAUCAGGAAGUGAAUUUGAAGAAAAUAAGCGACUGUGGAGGUAGAAUGACAUAGGGAGCGGGAGGUGGAAGAGAAGCAAGCGGAAAAAGAAGCGACUAACAGAGGGAAGAAUCGACCCGCUUUCUGGACCUGUAUUGGGCUGGAUAUACUGCACACAAAAAAUGCUUAUAAAGGAAUAUCGAGUGAUUCUUCCUAUUUCCGUGGAAGAGUACCAGGUUGGCCAGCUGUACUCUGUGGCUGAGGCCAGUAAGAAUGAGACGGGUGGAGGAGAAGGAGUGGAGGUGCUAAAAAAUGAACCCUAUGAGAAAGAUGGAGAGAAGGGACAGUACACACACAAAAUAUACCAUUUGCAGAGUAAAGUGCCAUCAUUCGUCAGAAUGUUGGCUCCAGCUUCAGCUCUCAAUAUCCACGAGAAAGCCUGGAACGCGUACCCAUACUGUCGCACAGUCAUCACUAAUGAGUAUAUGAAAGAUAACUUCUUGAUCAAGAUUGAGACAUGGCACAAACCUGACAUGGGACACCUUGAAAAUGCACACGGUUUGGAUGCCGAAACCUGGAAGAAAGUGGAUGUAGUCUAUAUUGAUAUUGCAGACAGAAGCCAAGUGGAACCAAAGGACUACAAGCCUGAAGAAGAUCCUUGCAAGUUCAAGUCAGUGAAGACAGGACGAGGACCUCUAGGACCAGACUGGAAGAAGGAACUUCCUAACAAGAAAGACUGCCCACACAUGUGUGCCUACAAGCUGGUCACUGUCAAAUUCAAGUGGUGGGGCCUGCAAAAUAAAGUGGAGAAUUUCAUUCAAAAGCAAGAGAAGCGUUUGUUCACUAAUUUUCACCGCCAGCUGUUCUGCUGGAUUGACAAAUGGAUUGAACUGAACAUGGAAGACAUACGUCGCAUGGAGGAGCAGACACGUAGGGAGCUGGAUGAGAUGAGAGUGAAGGACCCUGUGAAAGGGAUGGUCGCUCUAGAGGACUGAGGCUGUAUUGGACCGUGAAUGCUGCUGCUCAUCAGAUCAGAAUAUCCAGACACCAGCGGAUUCACAUCCUCCUUUUGUCUCAACUGACGCAACAUCCGACCGGCCGGUCCAAAACCCACCUCUUGCAGUCCAAUUUGGUUUCAGGGACCUGGACCCAAUAAACUUCCAGUUUUCAGCUGAUGUUCUCCGUCCUUCCCUCCUUUCACACUCAUCUGUACUUUUGGUUUAUUUUUUUAAUCUAGUGUCCCCAUGUUAAUUGCUCUGAGGCCUCCAGUAGCAAAAUUAUAGAUCUUGUCAGUCAGUCCUCUCUUUCUGUCUAAAUUGUUCUAAACUACAGAGAAUAGUGUCAUUUAUCUCUGCAAUUUAGGAUUUAUUUCCAUUUAAGAUAUCCCAGUAGUGUAUAUAUAAAGUAUAUCGGAGAGUUGAAUAAUUGUACUGAAGUACAUAUAUAUGUGUAUAUACAUAUAUAUAUAUAUUAAAAAAAACAAGAUUUUUAAAAUGAUUCAGUACAUUUUGUGAGUGGAUGUUUAUUUUUUUCCAGAUCAAGCCAAGCUGUAUGCUCAAUGCUGUGUUGCUUGUUUGAUCCUUUAAUUUCUUCUUUUUUUGUCAUUGUAUCUCCUUUUCUCCAUUUGUGUCAUGCAGUGUUUCCCUUUCUUAUUGAAAUCGAUUUGCAAAUCUACAAAUCCCAGCUGCAAGGUCGGGAUUGUGCUAAGAGUUUUGUGUUAUCUCUGCUAUAAAUCUGACCUAACAGAUAUGAUUUUUGCCCCCCUAAAUAUGUUGACAAGUUCAUUAGCUUUUCUGCUGCUUUGUGAAUGUGUGUUUGCAUAUAUAUAUGUGUGUGUGUGUGUGUGUGUGGUUGUGGCAGGGCUUAGUGGUGUGUGUCUUUGUAACAUUGCUAAGUCACCAAGUUUUUCAGCUGUAUUUGUCAUGCCUCUUUCAGCAGAUCCUCCCCAGUUUCAUUUGGCUGUUCGGGGUGCUCGAAAUUGCCGUAAUUGAAGGUUGUGUCUGAAUACAAGUAUACAGCAAUGCAUAUAAAUAGAAAUACAGAGAGAGCAAUAGCUGAGAGGGGUACUGGUAAAAUGUGUCACCCUGCAAAAUAAAAAUAUAGAGCAGACAACUGGAACAGUCAUAAACAAGUGUAGGCCUGUCUUUUUUUUAUUUUUCUGUUGGUGACCUGUGCUGUCAUUCUGCAUCAGGUCUUGCCUUGUCAUCCGUUGUGUCAUCUUCAGUGGAUAAAUGGUGUUAUCCAGCAAUAGCAAUAACUAUCAUGACACGCUGGUCUCUCCUUGGUCAUUUCAGUUUUAGUAAACUGGAGCGCAAGCCUCAACUCAAGAGGGCUCAAGUUGCUUACUCAUCAUUAAAUUCCAUGUUUAUUGUCUUUGCAUGGGUUGAUUUCUCUUGUGGGAUCUAAAGGUUGUUAUUUAAAUUUGUGUUUUGUUUUGGAGGGUAUUUUUCUGGGUGUAUGCAUGAGUGUGAAUGUGUCAUGCAGGGUAGUGAGUGUCUUUGUAGAAAGUUGAUCCUAGUUAGAAACAAGGAACAAAUUAAGCUACAGUGGGCACUAUUUUUGUUUUUCUUCUUGCUGGUGUUUGUUUGGCCUCCUUUGCCUUCCUUCCGUCCCGUUAUCUACUUCACAUCCUGCACAUGUUUUAACAGUAUGGAAAGCUUAAAGAGAAAGCAACAGAUAACGAGACAAGAAAAUGAUUAUGGACAUUUUGCACUAACAAGCUAAUAUUAGUUCAUGUAAAAUAAUUUAGAAACUUUAAAAUAACAGAUAAAUAAAGCCUAUUUUUUGUAGUUUAUGCACAAUCAUUACUAAAGUACAAUAAUGCAUACUUACUGAAUUUUGUAGUAUAAAUAUCAAUUUCACUAUUGGGUUUUUCAUUUGCAAUUACUAAAUAAAAACGGUAUCGAUCAAGUACUGUCAUCAGUCAAAAUGACGUCUGUCCCAAGCAUUGGCAAGCAUUGCAAGAAUUAUUUCUUCCAUUGACUCUUUAAUUAGGAUAAGUCAUUUGCAGAAAUUCUUAAAAAUGCAAAGGUUUUCUGGAAGACUUCCAGAAGUUAAUCUCAUGUUAAGCUACAUUAAUCUAUUACACUGAAUCUGAUUAGAUUCAGGUUUUCAGUUUACAGGGAAAUGUGGAGCUGAAUUGGCUCAGCCCUAACCCUAAUUAACAAGAAAGGUAAAGCAAAUGAUUGACAGACAUUUGAGCAUUGUCUUUGAGCCUAAUCUAAUGUGCACACACAUUACUGAUGAAUUAUUAAAAAGGACUGUUCUGCGGAUCAGUAGCAACCUUGUGAACUAUAACUUUUAAAAGAAUAAUGUUUGAUCUUUUUAUGUUUGCAUAUGUCAGAUUACUUGAAUAAGGCCAUCAUGGCAAACAUUUUUCUGUUGCCUCCUCUUUGACUCCAAAACACUGGCCCUGGAUAUUCAAUCCCUGCACCUCUGUGUCCAUCAAGUGUCUCACUCAGUGUCUGUGAUGGGGCUACCAACUGAUUCAUGGAGGUUUGUGGAUGUACUGUAUGUACUGACUUUGUAAAUAGUAAAUAAAUUAUUGUAGAUGAACACAUAUAUAUAGAUCAGACUGUCCUGCCAAAGCCUACAGCACACCCUCUUGACACUUGAUCCUCUUAAUUAAUCGCUAUCUACUCAGCAUUACACACCCCACGCUGGCCACAGAAUCAGAAAAUGUUGAGUUAUAGUUGCUGAAUUUAGUAGUGAUAAGACAUUUUGAGGAAUAUUGUCAACUGUAGUCAUAAAAAGGCAUUCUUACAUAUUGUUAUAGAUGUUUAGGCUGCUCAAGUGAAGCAGCACUUCACAUUUGGAGGAAAAAAUAAGAAAAGAGCCUAUUUACUAUUUCCUGUCCUUCAUUAUUCCCUCACAGGUACCACGUCUCAUUGGCAGGACAGUGUAUAAAUAUAUAUUUUUGUUCUGAAUGUUGUACCUCUGUUGUCAGUCUCUGAACUACACUGACUUCUCUCUGCAAAGGAACGGCAGCUUGGGUCACUUCAUUGAUCCACAUAAUUAGCUGAUGGCGUCGGCCCUUCGUGACGCCGGGGCACGAGUUAGACUUUGCCCUCCUGUGGUUAGCAGUGGGGAAAUCGAUGGGAAAUUAUUCUACAUUUCGGAACAGCUUCAACUGGGUGCUGGAGUGUUGGAGCUUAAAGCUACACAUGAGAAAGGACAAAUAUAUGUGGUUGUUUGAGAACAGAUACUGAUGUUUUUAAGAGUCUGAACCUACAAACUUGUGAGAGAACGUGGUUUAACAGAGACAAUCUCAUAGUUAUCUGUUGUUAGAUUCCUCGAUUUAUAAUCAGAGUAUGAAACCAAAUGAUUCCAUAAUAAUCCCAAACUGUUUUAAAAUUGUUAAAUCUCUCUUUCUCUCUCUUACUUUCUCUCUCUCUCACUCCUGUUAACUUGUCUCCUGUUUUUCUUUCUUUUAUUGUGAAUUUGUGCCUUUUUGUCAUUUUAUCUUCUAAUAACACUACUGUACAUUGGAGACAUAAAGAACUAAAUAAAAAGAAACAAAGCAACUGUACAUAAGUUUGAUGU